CCUUGCGCUCGGAGGUGCAUCGCGAAACACCGACAAAAUGUGCCGGAUCCACUCCGGCAGCUUCCAGUUAGGAUACUGGAUUAUUGUCCUUGUCAUCGGUCUGCAAGAAUGUGCUCAAAGUUUCCGUGGCCCAUCCUUCACUAAAGAACCACCAAAUAAAGCGGUAUUUCAUAAUUCCUCUGGUACUAUUAUUCCUUGCCACGCAACAGGAGUACCACAACCAACGAUAUAUUGGACAAAAGGUGAUUGGACUCGAUUACCAAAUGUUCCAGGCUUGCGACAUUCUAGACAAGAUGGCUCUUUAGUCUUCCAACCUUUCAGAGCUGAAGAGUAUAGGCAAGAUAUCCAUGGUGCUGUGUACCGAUGUGUUGCAACAAAUAGUUUUGGAUCCAUUGGGUCAACAGAAGUUCAUGUUCGUGGUGUGGUUCUUCAAGAAUAUCAAGCCCACGUUUAUGAUGAAUACGUGAUCCAUGGUAAUACCGCUGUCUUCCGAUGCCAAGUACCCGAUUUCAUGAAAGAAUUUCUGACCGUCACCUCUUGGACGAGGGAUGAUGGACUGGUUAUAGUGCACCAUAAAAAUGCUGGAGCCAAGUAUAUUGUUUUGAAAGAUGGUGAACUCCAUAUUAGAAAUGCUGCUCGUGGAGAUAGUUUCAAAAAGUACAGAUGCCUCGUUAAGAGUACCUUGACGGGAAGUGUAACGCCUAGUGUUAGCUCUGGUCAACUCAUAGUAACAGAUCCUACCGGAAGUAUUCCUCCACGUAUCACAAGCGGAAGACCUGGUAUUUUGAUUAGAGAAGGUGAAAAUGCUGAACUUCCAUGUACUGCACAAGGAUAUCCAGUACCCCAGUACACGUGGUACAGAAGAGAAAACAACAGACUGGUACCUCUAGUGAUCAGUAAUCAGAUGAUGCUGGUCAACGGAAGCCUUUUCAUUGAACGUACAAGACCUCAAGAAUCUGGCAAAUACAUAUGCAUUGUAAACAACAGCGUUGGUGAAGUUCGUGUUGAAACAGAACUCACGGUUUAUGGGAAUUUGUCUGUCUCUCUGUUCCCUGCCCAGCUGACAACAGAAUCUGGCCGUUCCGCCACUCUCAACUGCAGUGUCCAGGGUUAUCCCGUUCAUUCAAUAACCUGGUUUAAGGACACUCGCCAUCUGGCUACCAGCAACAGGGUUCGCUUAAUUGCCAACCAAGUCCUUCACAUAACUUCAGUCCUGAGGGAAGAUCAGGGGAUGUAUCAAUGUUUCGCUUAUGGAAGUUUGCAGUCCAUUCAGAGCUCAGCGCAGAUCGUGCUUUCCGAGGAUGCACCUGUUUUAAAAUACGUAUUUAAUCGUCAAACCGUGCAGCCUGGUGAGCGAUUCUCCUUACGCUGUGUUGCAGCUGGGAAUCCCAUUCCAAGAGUGACUUGGUCAUUAGACUCAAGACCAAUACCUGAAAAUCACAGGGUUCAAUACGGAGAUUUCGUGAGCAUACAUGCAGAGGUGGUCAGCUUUGUGAAUGUGAGUUCAGCUCGCUCAGAGGAUGGUGGAGUUUAUGAAUGCAGAGCUCAAAAUGAAGCCGGUUCAAUCAACCACAAAGAAAGAGUAGACGUUUUGGGACCUCCUUUCAUCAGGUCUAUGAAUAACGUCACAGUUGUCGAUGGUGACUCGUUAUUUUACCAUUGUCCAGCAUCAGGAUUUCCUCUGCCAACGAUAACAUGGAGUAAAGAUGGAAGAGAAUUGCCAUUUAACGAACGGCAGCAAGUAAAUAUGAAUGGUAGUUUCUAUGUCAAGGAUGUAACACGAGAAACUGAUGAAGGAACAUAUGUUUGUACAGCUGUCAACAAGCAAAAAGAGCGAGCUCAAAAGGAAUUGCAUGUUCGAGUCAUGAAGAAACCAAGAAUCAACCCAUUCGCUUUCCCAAAAUUCCUUGCUGAAGGUAAUCAUGUCAUCGUAACUUGCAGCGUGUUGACAGGCGAUCCACCCAUUACUAUAAGAUGGCUAAAAGAUGGUAUGACCUUGAACAAGAAGAUGUUGAACAUCGAUGAAUCAUCCAUGGGGCAUCUAGGAUCUGCAUUGGUAUUUAAUAGUGUUGGAAGAAAUCAUAAUGGCAAUUACACAUGUUUAGCUGAAAAUGCUGCUGGAGAAUCAAAUUUCACUGCAACUAUGCUGGUAAAUGUUCCUCCAAGAUGGCGUGUGGAGCCAACUGAUGCAACUGCUGUCGUCGGGGAUUCUGUUGUUUUCGACUGCCAAGCAGAAGGAUACCCACAGCCACUUAUAAGGUGGAAAAAAGCAACAGGAGGCAACUCAGCCAGUCGGAAUUUUAAGUCCAUCAUCAGCAAUUACCACAUCCAGACGCUGGAGAAUGGCUCUCUUAGCAUCAAGGACCUAACAGAAGAGGACAGAGGUCACUAUCUAUGCGAGGCGGCCAACGGCGUUGGUGCUGACCUAAGCACUGUUGUCAAGUUGUCCGUUCAUGUGGCUGCACAUUUCAAGACUCCAUUUCGUGUUCACAGAGUCUCUAAAGGAGAUUCUCUCAAUAUUCAGUGUGAAGCCAUAGGAGAAAAUCCGAUAAAAAUUGAAUGGUCAAAGGAUAAAGUGGUGCUGAACUCCAACACUGAAACAAGAUACAACAUAAAAGAUGAGUUGACUUCGAAAGGUAAAAUUUCUACAUUGAUGGUUUCAACUCCCGAUAGAAGAGAUUCUGCACUUUUUUCCUGCACAGCUACCAAUGCAUUUGGCAAAGAUGACACAAAUAUCCAAGUGCUUGUAGAAGAAGUGCCAGAUCCUCCCUCCGAAAUCCUAGCAACAGAUGUGAGCAGUCGUGGGGUGGUGUUGAGCUGGAGCGUUCCUUAUACUGGGAACAGUCCGGUCACGAAGUACGUCUUAUAUUGGAAGACCGCUUCUGGUUCCUGGUCAACUGAUGUCAAGAAAACUGAAAUACCUGGUUCAAACACCUCCAUCUCAAUAAGUGGUUUACUGCCGAUGACAACGUACUACUUCAAGUUGCAAGCAGAAAACGCUAUUGGUAGAAGCUCUUUUGGUGAGGUAAUAACGGUUACGACGGACGAAGAAGUUCCAAGCGAAGCUCCGAUGCACGUUGAAGCUAUACCUCUGAGUACUCAUUCUAUUAGAGUAUUAUGGAAGCCUCCACCAGCUUCAGGUACUCAUGGUAAAAUCAGAGGCUACUACGUUGGUCACAAGGUGCGCAACUCUGCGGAUCAUUUAAUAUAUAAGACAAUAGAAGAAAGCGAAUUUGAUUCUACUUUAGAAUGCACCAUCACGAAUUUGCGUCGAGGGACCGAGUACAGCAUAAUAGUUCAAGCUUUCAACAACAGAGGCACCGGCCCACCUUCGAAGGAAAUAUAUGUUAAAACGCAUGAGAAUGAUCCACCCCCAUCUCCAGUCUUGCGAGUAGUAUCAUCAACAUCAACUGCAGUUGUUUUAGGAUGGGACAUUCCAGCUGCUGACAGCACUCCUGUUAAGGGUUACAAGUUAUUUUAUCGUGCGGAAUUGCCAGAGUGGGACGAAAUUGAAGUUCCUGAUCCAUCGCAGUCACAGUAUACGCUUAGGUCUCUCAGUUGUGGCACAAGAUAUCAAUUUCACAUCAUCGCAUACAAUGAUGUGGGACGCAGCGAUCCAAGCGACGUUGUAAGUCUGAUGACACAAGGGGGAUCUCCUAUAGCUCCAGAAAAAAUGGCCCUGCUGAGCAUAAAUACCACCUUCGUUGUUCUAAACCUGUAUGCGUGGAAAAACGGUGGCUGUCCUAUAUCGUUCUUUGUUGUACAGUACAAAGCCAAAGGACAAAGAGAAUGGGUUCUCGUCUCCAGUAAUCUUGAUCCACGGCAUGAAGAGUUUGUUGUCACCGGAUUGAAUCCUGCAACUUGGUACAAUUUACUAAUGUCUGCACAUAACGAAGCUGGGGCUACAGAAGCUGAAUACGUCUUCGCAACUCUUACUGUCACAGGAGGAACCAUAACUCCAAUUGUAGCUGGGAGAGAAGAAGGCCCUCUAUUCUAUCGAAAUCUUUCGGUUCUUGUGCCGAUUGUGUGUGCAAUAGUAGUGCUUCUGGUGAUUACUUUAGUUAUUCUUAUCGUCUGUUUGAAGAAAAACAGAAAUCCAGAUUAUGCUACUCCUUCUCAAAAUCAAGAAAGCCGAACAGAACAAAAGGGAGACAACAUUUCCAUGGCUUCAGUUGGAAAGAAAGUAUACGAAACGCCAAGGGAGACAUUAUACUACCCUUCUCCAUAUGCUACCACAAGAAUAUCCAUGUAUUCCGCUGACAGUGAAUCGUCUUCUGGACAGACUAACAGCCUCCAGAGGCCUAGUGGAACUCACAGGGCGGAGCAUACUUAUGACGUGCCUUUUCCACAGAAGUUUCGGGAUCACUCAAGUUACAGUGCAGCAGUGCAUGAUUAUCAGCAGUUAUUUACAGAAGCUGGGCUUCAUCAUUUUGUUGAAUCGUUCGACGUCGAUCAGCGCCAUCUAAUUGUCCAACGCAUGUGCCUGCAAACCUACGAAGCGAAACCGGGCCACCAACGUUCAUCUUCCCUUUAUCAUCAGCAUCCUCAUCUUCAAAAUCAUCAUGAACAACAGCAGCCUGAUCUGCAACAUCAGCACAUAUACAGACUGAAUAGACACUCCGAGCCAAAUUCCAGAUUCGCCCAUGAUUAUCUUUCAGAAGGAAAUUCAGACGAAGACGAAGGCAGCUUGAAUGGUGAUAAAGCAUGUUUCCAGGGUGGCGGAAAUACAACGGACAGUCAUGAGAUGUCCGAAGCUGAAUGCGAUCGAGAUUAUCAUCAGCAUCUGAGAAAAAAUUCUCAUUCACCAUUUGUCAAGUUUCGAAUUGGGCCGCUCACUACAAACUGCGGUUUGUGUGCCGAUAACGAGUGAUGUAUGGACACAAUUUCGAGCGUUUUUCGCCCCCUGCAUAUUUGAUGAAGCCGACUCUCUGUAAAGGGAUAAUGUGAGCGGAUUCGUUAUUCUGUUACUUGGAGUGACUGCCUCGAAUGAGACUGAUUUGCACAAAUGUGUGAAGGGUGUAUUUUUAUCUUAGAAAAAAUUGGACUGUUUUAAGCGUGAUAGGAAUGAGAUUUGCUAGAUGAUAAAGCAUAAGAAACGAGCUAAGUUGUCUUUUUAGUUGGAAAUAUUAUUGUUGUAGUUUUUGAAAAUAUGAAAGUACGAUUCAUAAAACUUUAAAGAAGCUUAAUUUUGCAGAUAAGAAUUAU